AUGUAUGUUCUGCCAAAUGGAUUCCAAAGGUUUAAGUCAAGUACAAACCAUGGAAACAUCAGCGAAAAUACUCUGAGCUGCAAGCUUGCUGGCGUGAACGAUCUGAUAGGAGCAGAAGGUAAAUAUCGCCUGAAAUGUUACACCAAGUUUCAAAGAAACACGGAUAAGAAUGCAGCAGAUUUCAAAGAAGUGAACAGGGAUCCCAGAGUUACCUGCUUUGAAGAAAUCAUGUCCUCGCUUGAAAAGGGAUUAUGUCGCGGCCGUAUCUACUCGCUUAAAGCAGUUUGGACAUCAUUUUCCCAUCGGCUUGAGUCUCAUUAUCACCUAGAUCCUGGCGUUUACCAAGGGAACAAGUUGAAAGAGAAGAUUCAGCUGUUUCUUCAAGAUAAAAUUACGUUUGUUCAACCAUUGAAUCCGUCAGAACCAUUCUAGAUGAUCUUUAUUAAAAGAGUCAAAUGUGGAGGGAAAUGUUGAUAAUGCUGAAUAUGAAGAGGAGCUAAACAACGAUGAUGUCGAAGCUGUAGACCUUGAUGCAGAAUUAUUGAGCUGGCUGUAUAGAGUAGCUGUAAAGGUUCACCACAAUGUGAAAUCGGCACCUGGUAUUGAUUGUAUUGGCAGCAUAGACGAACAGAGCGCUGAAAGUGUAGUUCCGGAAAGUCUGUUCAUGUUAAUUUCCCUUCUGUGUGCUGGUGAUCAAGAGAACGACGUUAAUAUGAAAACGCAAAUACUAAGUAUUUGUCAGGACAUAGUAUUCCUCAUCUCAAGGGGUUGUAAGCUAACAGCAAAGCAUAUUGGAUUAGGCUUAACUGUACAUCAAGCAAUGCGAUCGAAAGAACUUGUCCAACUUCUGUACUCAGCUGGACACUCUGUUAGCUAUGAAGCUGUUAUGAGGAUGGAUAAUACAAUUGCAAAUGAUGCUCUCGAAAGGUACAAUGAAAACGGAAAGUUUUUGUUCCUAGGAACUUUACUGCGGCCUCUGGUGAAAGCUACACUUGUUACGCUGUUAUCAUAA